AUGCAGUCUUCUCUUCGUCCGGUUGAUAGUUUGAGCGAUGAAGAGAACACGAAUGACAAUCCGGGGCCCCAGCCGAAGAUUCGUUCUCCUCGUCCAAGGGCACCUGCCAGGGGUCGCCGAAAGGGCUCUUUUGCAAAGGUUCAUUUUGGACGACAUGACAGUCCUAAGCAUCUAGCAAAUCUCAUCAGAGGGAGCUGUGGGUGCAAAGCUUUGUGUUUCUCAGCAUAUCGCGAACAUCAAAUCCAAGAAUGGCUGAAACUUCGGAAACAGCUUGGGGGCAUGACAAAGCUGGAGAAAGAUCAGUACGUCAGGAUGCAUGUGGCAGCACAAAAAGGGCAAGAGCAUUGCCCAUACGAUGGUCGCUUUGUGGUCAAAGGAAAACAAACGCCCAGCGACACCUGGGACCGAGUUCAUAUGUUUUUAACCCAGCUCUACAUGGAAGCUGCAGAACCAAUUCCAGAUGGGUUGAAUUCAAACAAACGUCCACGACAAGGGUCCAAGAAAAGGGACAGUCCACAUUUGGACCGUAGCAAGAUGAAGCAUUUGCCUUAUGGAACAAUCAGUGACUACUAUCGUCAGUGUGUUUGGCAAUCCGACUUCGAGCACUUAUUGCGGAUCCGGUUCUACACUCAUCAUUCCAAGUGCUCUUUGUGUAUCAAGCAUCGUUUGAUCAUAAAGAAGCUGGGGCAUUGCCCUCCAGCCAGGAGAGCUCAACAUGCUAUGUUGCAGAAGCACCUUGACAGGCAGCACAAAGACCGCCAAGUGUACUAUGCUGCUAGGGCUCGAUCUCGGUUGGGGGCCACUACUUUGGGUGAGUGUGAAAUCACUGCCAUAUUGGACUCCAUGGAUGCUCAAAAACAUGCAUGGCCCAGAAGUCGGUGUAUGUCAUCCAAAGAGUUUUCAAACUUUAACCGUCCGCGGUUAACGUCCACCACCUUGUUGGUGCACGGACAUCUGGUUUUGGUGGCCCUUUCCCCCAGCCUCUUGACCACCGGCAGCAGCCGCACAGCAGAGAUCAUCUGUCAUGGCCUCAGCAAGUUGGCGGAUACCGUGGACUUCAGUAUUGGUGGGCCGGGGGCUCCGCAUUCCAUCCGUUUGGAACGCAUCGGUUCCACAGGUGAUGACCCAUUUGAUAUGCACGCUGCUGCGCAGCAAUUGGAGGACUUGUCCUACGGAUUCGUGGAUCAAACUUUUCUCGAUGUGAGCUGGGCCUUGCCACAGCUUGGAGGGGCCGUUGGAAGAUCUGCCUGGCCCGUGGUUCAAGGGCGUGAUUUGGAAGCUGUGAUGGGGAAGCGGAAGUCGGAGCCUGCAUCGGGAAAAGCUGCAGGGGCUGUGAAGGCCAAAGCGGCCAAAAAGGGAUCUGGUGUCAUGACCAUACCAGCUGAUGCCAUGAAGUUGCCGCACAUCAAGCUGUAUGAUACAUGGGCGCGCGAGAACUUGACUCAGAAGAACCUGACCAUCGACCUGCAAUACAGCACUGAUGCGGACAUCGGUCAGGAGGUCCAGCAUGCCCUUUGUCAGCUGCAGCUGUUGAACGGUCUGCAGACUGACCCAAACAAGCCGGGCACCGAGAAGAUGGUUGGGUCUUUCAGCGUUAUCCAUGCCACUGCAGUUGAGUCUGACAGCAACCUCAUUGUCAACACGAACAGAGUCUCCCUGGGGGGGCAGUUGCGGCGCCGCCCAAACGCCUUCAAUCUUCUUCACCAGCUUGAAUUCCUGGAGAGAAGCGGCGUGUCCAGGACACUCUCGGUCAUGUCACUACAGGCACAUGAAAGCGUAUCCCAGUUUGCUCAAGCCUAUGCUUUGGGGGAGAAGGAGUCAAAUGCAGCAGUGAUUCAUACUCAGCCCAAGUUUGUCAAUCACGAUGGUUUGGCAGAAGGUCUUCUAAACCAUGGCUACUGCAGUGCAUCUGGGUUCCUGUUGCCGUGGAGAUCCUAUUUGUCCAACAGCCAGGGACUUCUGAACCUUUUGAUCGCCAGGAUGGAAAUCGAUUGGGUGGCGAUGUCGCCCAAGCAACGGAAACCCUGGAAUGUGAAGGACCUGACCCAGCUCCAACGUGUAUGUGGUGGCUUCCUCGCAUGCUUGGAGCAGUUUCAUUCAUCGGUCCCCGAGAAGUUUGCCAAUUCCUGUCUCUCUGAGAUCCAUAGGUUUGAACUUCGCCAUGGUGAUGCUGACAUCCUUCUCCUGCUUGAGACGACCGUCCCGCGGACAUCACGAAGGUUAUCUGCUCAACUGCUUCACACGACUUGGCAACAGACCGAAUUGCAGAUUGAGACUGACCUCUCACAGCUUCGCGAAUGGUCCCAGAAGUUUGAGCUCUAUGUGAACAAACAGGGCAGCUUGGACUACAAGUACAUCAACGAUCGCUACAUCCGCGGCCGCGCCGCCAUCGACACCUUGCUGAGCAAGAAGCACACGUUCAUGCGCUGCUCUUCCUUGGUUUUGGCCCAUGCACCGAUCGUCCAACAACAGGCGGAGCUGGGAAAGGGCCUUGCUUCAGGCAAUGUGAACACCCUGAGCUUUUGGACACUCGACAGCUACGAGCUGAGCUUGAACUACAGUGAUGCAGUUCACCAGGGCUUGGCUGGAGUUUCAGCAAAUCACACCAGCACACCUUGGGCCAAGAGUCGCUCAUUGUUGGGGACCAUCACUGGCAUUGAACGCAGCCGAGUGCAGGUUCAGCAGCGGGGCAUCAAAGCCACUCGUGACAUCCUCUUGAAGCUUCUGGAUGGGAUGCAUGAGUCGGACCGUCAAAAGGUCUUGGUGGUGGACAUGGUCCCUUCAAGGUUCAGUGAAUGGUCGCAGGCAUGCUGGGAGCUCCAACGCGAUGCUCUUCUGAACGAGCCUGAUGGCAACAAGUGGGAUUUCCACUUCAUGGCCAUCUAUCAUGACGAUGAAGGGCAUCACAUGGAGUCAAACAGGGAACUUGUCACGGGGCGGGCCAUGAGUCAAUGGUGGGACAAGGUAGAUGAGUCUGGUCCACCAGCACGAGCGUGUGAGCCCUUUUCCAUCGAUGUUCCUGCCAUGGAAUGCCUUACAAUCUCAGAGAAUGAAGUGAAGAUGCCCGAUUUGAUCACCCAGAAGUUUACAGCCACCCACAAAGAUCAUCUCCAGAAGAUCACCGAGAAGAUCACCCACGAGACUGCCGUGCACAAGGCCUUGAGGAUGGCUUCAGCUCCACCAUCAUCUUCCUCGGGUGCGAAUGGCGUGGGGCAAUCGCGUACAAUGGCAGGCCCUGAGUGGGGUUCUGAUGAGCCUGUGAACUGGUCAGAAGCCUGUGCACCACUUGCUCGAGAACCCAAUCUUGAGCUGGUGUUGACUAGUGCUGGAUCGCUAUGGAUCGUGAACCGCACCACCAACCGAAUCGACCUUGCUGCUGGUGAACUCUUUGGUUUCAAUACUGGAACCUUCAUCAAAAAAUUGACCACCGUUGCAGAAGCAAUGUGCGAUGUGACGCGACUUCGAGGAAUCACCGAGAUCAGAAUGGUAGACCAUUCUCUGAACCCCAAGAUGAAAGUGGCACCAGACGGAAGUCAGAUCCCAAUGUGCUUCCGUUACAAGGUGGUCCCGGAUUCAAAGAUCAAUUGUUUCCGGCCCAAAGACCUGACUGCCGCUGACAAGUCGAACCUUCGUGGGGCAGUGUUUGGGGCCCUGUGGUCCGGAAAAUAUGGACAACUACCCAAUACUCCUCACUGCAGUGUCACUUGGGAGGCUUGGGGCUGCCAAAAUUUCUCCUUUAUCUCUACGUUUCUAUUUCUUUAG